AUGUCAAACGCAGACAGCCAAGGACCGCUAUCGCUGGAAAAAAGAUGGCAAAUGUGCAAAAUUCAGGAUGACCACAAGGCUUCCCUCAUUGAGGAUUUGUUCUCUCACAUUGCAGAGCUUUCCGACAAGCUCUCCGAGGUUAAGAUGGAGCUAAAGGAAAAGAAGAUGCUGGUACGGUCUCUUUUCGAUACCGAUGACAGGAUCAAAUAUCAGAUCGAAAAGUUGCAAAACGAGAAAGCAUGUUGUACAACCCGCUUUACCAGUCAGAAAGACACUGACCCAGCUAGGACAAACACUGUUUUGCAAUGGUCCUCGUUGACGGCGACUUUUUCUGAUGACUUGGCGAACAAUCAGUUUCUGGAUGAUCUUAUUGAGCAAGGACUCGAGGGAGGCAAGAAAGCUGCAAGCCUUUUACGUCUCGCUGUUUUUGAUGAGCUAAAGGCCAUUGACCCCUGCCUUCCGCAUCACUUACAACUUGCCGUCCGCGUUUACGCCAACUUGAAGGGUCUGGCCAAGACUUACACCGAAAUGGGCAUUAUCCCUGAUCCGAGCGUUUUGGAUGAUUUCGUCCGAGGCUUCAACAUGUGGAACGCAAUGUGCGACUUUGUUGACGCGGGUAAUGGCAAGGAGUGUACGGAUGAAAAGUUGAAGGAUAGCGGUUACGCUCGCGUGUUGGGAUCGUACCUCGAUAACGAUGAGAUUCGCAAGAAGGUCGUCCUUCUCGAGGGACCUCCAUUUGCGCAGGAGCUAGCCGAGAUUAAAGACCAGUUCCGCGUCGCUAUUUUCAACAGGGUUUUCAGGCGUCAGAAACUGUUCAACAACAUCAAGCGUAAGGUUUCAUAUAACAUCACACCACCAUUGACGCCCUCGCCCAACUAUGCGUCAGCCGCUGCCAGAGCUCCAUCGGUUCUCGCUGGAGACCUGCCAGUACGCCAACAAGCCAUGGUCAACUCCAGGAUGCCUCCUUUAGGGCAGGUGCUUCGGAACAAGGCCGGGCAGCGAAUUGAUCCACCACUCGAUUUUACCCACCAGGACUUCAUUCUGAUGAAGAACCGCAAGUUGUCUCAGCUGCACCGAUCCAAAUUGCGUAUUUGGCCACCAGUGUCCUCGGGAGAGUUGCAAUGGGGCAAGCUGCCGCCUGAGAUUCCCGCUAGAGUUGCAUAA